AUGGCCAGCUCUCGAUUUCCAGCAGCAACUGGAAAGGGGAUAAACAUCCUGACAGUAUAUAUUCAGACACAUACAGUCAGCAUCAUGAAGCUCUGGACACCUCAACUCGUGACAUUCCUCUGUAUGGAGCUACUGUCUGUGCUGGGAGUGAUGAAGGAAAAAUACAGCUGGGAUGAAAUGUUCAUUGAGGAGUGCUGGGGAGAGCCAAGUGUCAUUGAAUGUACCAAGAAGUGCUCUAGAGCCCUUAAAUGUACAAACAAAAAUUACACAUGCUGCUGGACCUAUUGUGGAAACAUCUGUUGGAAAAAUAAAGAAAUCUUUGCAUGA